AAAUUAUUUUUGAUACACUCGCAUCCAUAAAGCAGAGGUGAGGGAAGUAUAGUGUGCCUCUGCUGUCGUCGUUGAAGUUCUACUGAGGGUUUUCGGGGAAACUAGGACAUAAGAGCAGAAGUGAGAAGAGGUAACAUUGCUGCAGAUUUCUGGGGAAAAAAAGUUGGGUUUGGUUGUAAUCCGUGCUCCGAGAAGGGCAUGAUAUCUUCGGCAACGGUGUGAAGGACCUGAACUCCUCACAGAGAUGUUGGGCCCAAGUGGAUGUCAUGUACAAUGAAUCUGGAGCUAUGGCCGAUUACUCCUCAUAAUAUACAGGAUACUCAGAUCCUUCUUCGCCAUCUUAAUCUAUCCUGGAAGUAACAUGGGAAUGUUCAUAUUUUAUUUCUGGAUUUAGUCAGGAAGGAGAACCGAGCAGCUACAGUGUUACCUUGACGCACCACACAAGUUAUCCGCGCCCGAGCAAAACAGUUCGUGCAUUGGAAGAGCCAGCGCGUAAAACAGAAUGCAUGGGUGUCAAAGCAGUAAAAUGAUAUAGAAUUGAGAUCUGUAUAUUGACUGACUUGUAUUGUUUGGUGAAUUCACGCCAAGGUCGAAGAAAAUAGAAUUAUUUGAAAAUGAAAGAAAAGUCGAAAAAUGCUGCCCGGACUCGACGGGAAAAGGAAAAUAGUGAAUUCUAUGAGCUUGCCAAGCUGUUGCCUUUACCUUCUGCCAUCACGUCUCAGCUUGAUAAAGCUUCAAUUAUUCGACUCACAACAAGUUACUUGAAAAUGAGAAUUGUUUUUCCUGAAGGGCUGGGAGAGUCCUGGGGCCACGUGAGUCGGACCAGAUCUCUGGAUAAUGUUGGGCGAGAGCUGGGAUCACAUCUGUUACAGGUGGGAUCACAUAUCCUACAGACGUUGGACGGGUUCAUCUUUGUGGUGGCUCCGGACGGGAAAAUAAUGUACAUAUCUGAAACGGCAUCGGUCCAUUUGGGCUUAUCACAGGUAGAGCUGACCGGAAAUAGUAUUUACGAGUACAUCCACCCUGCUGACCACGACGAAAUGACAGCCGUGCUGACAGCUCACCAACCCUGCCACUCGCACUUUGUCCAAGAAUAUGAAAUGGAACGUUCAUUCUUUCUGAGAAUGAAAUGCGUCCUCGCGAAAAGAAAUGCCGGUCUGACAUGUGGUGGAUACAAGGUGAUCCACUGCAGCGGGUACCUAAAGAUCCGUCAGUACAGCCUGGACAUGUCUCCAUUUGAUGGCUGCUAUCAGAACGUGGGCUUGGUGGCGGUGGGCCACUCUCUACCCCCUAGCGCUGUCACUGAAAUCAAACUACACAGCAACAUGUUCAUGUUCAGAGCCAGCCUGGAUAUGAAGCUCAUCUUCCUCGACUCCAGGGUAGCUGAGCUGACAGGCUAUGAGCCCCAGGAUCUUAUAGAGAAGACGCUCUAUCACCAUGUCCAUAGCUGUGACUCCUUCCACCUGAGAUGUGCACACCACUUGUUGCUGGUGAAAGGCCAAGUGACCACUAAGUACUAUAGGUUCCUGGCUAAGCAGGGUGGCUGGGUUUGGGUCCAGAGCUAUGCCACCAUCGUACACAACAGCCGUUCCUCCAGACCCCACUGUAUCGUCAGUGUCAACUACGUCCUGACGGAUACUGAGUAUAAAGGACUCCAGCUGUCUCUGGACCAGGUUACAGACACCAAGCCCUCCUUCCCCUUCAGCAGUGCUCCCACCAGCCUCACUGAGAACCGCAGAGCACCCAAGAGCAGAGUGUCCCGAGCCAAGGCCAAGGCUCGACUCUCCCCUUACACACAGUACACUGGUUUCCAGGCCGAGCGGUCAGAGUCGGACCAGGAUAGUCCUUGGGCAGGAUCUCCCCUCACAGACUCCGCUUCCCCUCAGCUGCUGGAGCGGGGGGAGGGGCUUAGCGCCUCCUGUGCCUACAGGCAGUUCUCCGAGCCACGUCCCCUUUGCUACAGCCUCCCAAUCACUGAGGAGCACCACCACCACAUCCCCAGCGAAAGUCACCCCCACCUCGACAGACACGGCCACAACCAGACGUGCGAGCGGGGCCGCUGUGAGGCAGGGAGGUACUUCCUGGGUGCUCCCCAGGGUGGGACAGAGGCGUGGUGGGGAGCUGCCCGCUCUGUGCUGCCCCUGGCCAAGACCUCGCCCCUGGAGAAUGGAGAGGGAUACGAGAGCAGCGUGCCCCACAUCACCUCCAUCCACAGUCUGCAUAACUGUGGCCAAUGGGACCAGGACAGUGUGGGCAGCUCGCCAGACGGGGGCUCCGCCAGCGACUCAGGGGACCGUUACCGCGCAGACUACUUCCGGGUCAGCCCCCAGGAGCCGAGCAAGAUCGAGACCCUGAUCCGAGCCACGCAGCAGAUGAUCAAGGAGGAGGAGAAUCGUCUGCAGCACCGCAGCAAGCUCCACCCAGGCCCUGACACUCCUCUAGGUCCUGCCAACGGCCUCCCGAAGGGCCCCGGACCCAGCUUCACCACUGACUACCCCCAGGGAGUGCUACAUAGCGUGUUGUGCCGUGGCCUGGGUCAGGUGAUCAGCCCCGCAUCAAGCCCUGCCCCUCUCUCCAGGCUCAGCAGCCCGGGGUCUGAUCCCCUCCUCCCCAAGCCCAAAAACUACCUCCAACAGACAGGACAGACAGACUUGUCCCCUCACCCCCAGCCCCUGCACCACCAGCUUGGCUGUCCAGGCCCCUGCUCAGACUCCUCCCCUACUCCUGCCCCAGCUCUCUACCCUUCCCACCCCCAAACCCAAACGGGGAGGCCCUAUCUGGACAAGCAAGCUGCUGCCUACUCCCUGACGGGCUAUGCCCUAGAGCACCUGUAUGACCCCAAGAGCCUCAGGGACUUCUGUUCCUCCGCUGGCACCACCCACUAUGACGUGACUUCACACCUGCGCAUGCAGGCAGAGCAGGGGCCGGGACACAAGGGGACCUCAGUCAUCAUCACCAACGGCAGCUAACGCCUGCUUGUCCAAUAACACUAAAGGGAUGUCUAAAAUGUCAGCCUAUUCCCUGUAUAGGGAAAAGUGUGCCAUUUCCCUACAUGCUAUUUUUAGACCAGAGCCUGCGUAGGGCUCUGGUCAAAAGUAAUGCACUACAUAGGGAAUAGGGUGCCAUUUCAGAUGCACACUAAAACACAUGAAGAAGAAACUGGAUCCAUGGAAUAUUCAUUCUAUAGCCCAGCCUCAACGGCCUCUUCUGUGUCUUAUCCAGCAAAAACAUUUGUUUCCUUUUCUUUUAAUCUUUACAGAGCUACAUUAUUCCAUUUGCACUGCCAGAAAUAGAGUUUAAUUGUGGGAACCUCACCCCUAUGGUUGUAGAUAGGGUUGUGGAUAUGCUUUGAGUUAACAGGACAGGGUUCAACGUUAGUGCCCCUUUUAGUGUUGGUCAGAAUCCCCUUAUCACAACACAACUCUAGAACUAGACCUGGUUAAAUUGAUAUAUUUUUUGCCCGCUCUACAGACGGCUAUAUCUGUCUGCUAAUACAGGACUAGUAAAGGCCCAGUGCACUACUUUUAAGAUAAUAAUUCAGGGGGUACUACAGCAUCCUCAGCACCCCUACUUUCCGUACCUAUGGUUAAAGGUGUGUAGUAUAGAGAUGAAGCAAAAAUGACACAAAAAAAGCUUCACAGACAUCAACAAUUAUGCAAAUUCAUUCUAUCUAUGUUCUCCCCAGUAGGUAAGCUAUGGAUUAAGGGAAGUGUACCCACACUUUCAGAGAAAGAGAUACAUAUGCCUACAUUUACAUUGAGACAUACAGCAGUUCACCUGGACUGUCAGGUAGCAGGCUUUACUUGGGCUAAAUGUCUCGUUGGCGUGGAUAACAACAUUUAUUUGUGAUUUGGUCUGUAGUGGUAUAAUAUCACCUCAGUGAGGAUACCAACAUUAUAUACAACCUCUAAUGAACAAUCUUAUUGAGAUGUGAUUACUGGGAGGCUAAGGGUCAAUAUGAUGGCAUGGAUUGUCUCAUUUGCCAGGUGUAGUGGUAAACACAGAGGGGGAAUUUAGCAUGCUUUCAAGGUAAACACUGAGGGAGUUAGCAUGCUAGCAAGGCUGAGGUGUGAGUUAGCAUGCUAACAAGGCUGAGAUGGGAGUUAGCAUGCUAACAAUGAUGAGGUAGGAGUUAGCAUGCUAACAAGGUUGAGGUGGGAGUUAGCAUGCUAACAAGGUUGAGGUGGGAGUUAGAAUGCUAACAAGGCUGAGGUGGGAGUUAGCAUGCUAACAAGGAUGAGGUAGGAGUUAGCAUGCUAACUAGGCUGACGUGAGAGUUAGCAUGCUAACGUGUGUGUACCUCCGAGGCAUGUCUUGUUAAAUUGUCAACAAGGGUAAUUGUACAGUUAUUGUACUGGAAAGAGAUGCCCAUUGUUUAUUGAACAUAUGAUGAGUUGAAGGAAAAAUCAAGUGAUGUGAAAUGGAGAGAUUGUGUCUGAUGUGGUUGAUCGACUUGUGCACUGUUCUAAUAUUACAGAAUGAUGUAGUGGCAACGCUUGCUUGUACCAACAUGACAUUAGUUAAUAUUACCAUAAUAAUGAGUUAUAUGACAAUUCAUGAAAUGUUUUCACAAAGUCAUGAUACAUGCAGCAAUAUGCAAUCCAACCAGUUGGGUAGUCAGUUAGACAGCCUAAAUCAUUAUCACAUCUGAUCAUGAUAAUGCUUGUUUGUUAUAAACUAGCAUUACCUUUCUCUAACGCUUCAUAUCAUGUUUAUUAUUCUGUUUUGUAGGCAGUGUGACACAUUUCAAGCGUUCCCCUGGAUUCUGUUGUAAAUGUGGUUACCAUAUCUCUUUAUAUUUAUAAGUUUGGAUUUGUUUUUGUUUUUGUCAGAGUCUGAAUUGUGCUUUUCCAAAGUUAUUUAUGAUGUAAAUAUGCUGAGAAAAAGACACCACUUUGAAGCACAAGGGAAAAGUUGUAUUUAUUUAGUGAAUGUUUAUUUUGGGUUUUGAAACAUAGUUGCAAUCAAAACAGUC